AUGACACGCAGUCCAACAGCCGUGAAGCUAUGGCUGGCUGUCAGUGCAGCAUGUCUCGCAGCCGCCUCAAACAGCCCGUUCGUCAUGACCUUCAACAGCCCCGGCACCGUGGGAUAUGAUCAGGUCGACUUUGUCAAUGCCCUCGUCAUCGGAAAUCGUCGACUGGGCGCUGCGCCAUACGGAUAA